AUGACAACCACAGGUGCCACCAUCGCCGGCCCGGCAAAAGCCGUGCAAGAUUUUCAUCCGCUCAUCGCACUUCACCACACCUCCAGGGAAUGGCAGCACCGUCCAAGUAGCCUCACACCGCCGCCGCCGCAGCACCUAGUCGACGUAGUCGCAAAGCCGAGGGUCGACGACCGGCCGCACGGAUGGCAAGGGGAAAACACGGCCACACCACCAACACCCAUCCUGGACAAAGAACCACAGCCACCCCACUCCUCCGGCAGAGUCCAGGACCGCCCACGACGGCCAUCGCCCACUCCAAGGGACGGCCUUGCAACAGCCCAGAUCCGCCUCACCACGAACUCCUGUGUCGGCACUACCCGGAGCGCACCGCCGUUCGCCGCACUGCACAGGGGUGACCGGCAGCUCGCUGCUCGCCAGAACUCCAUUCUGGCCAAGCCAUCUCAGCGCCGUCACCUGCCUGACCAUGAGCUCACGCCGCCGCCUCUGGACAUCACCGGCUCCACCAUAGCCGCGCCACCGCACUGCUGCCUGUCCCCGCCAGACCUGCCGCUCCACCAUGCCUCCAGCCGAGCUCCAGUCAACGCCCUUACAUCCGGCCAGAUUGGAUCUGGCCCGGCCCGAUCUUCACCGCGACGAGAAGCACCGCACUGGCCGCCAGCACCCACCACCGCAGCGCGCCGAGGCCGACCAGUGGGCUCCGCCGCCCCGCUCCGCCGCCUGCCUGCGCGCCUCGCCGAAUCACGGCGCGCCGGCCACCGAGCUCGCCGUCAAGUCGAGGAGAAGGAGAAGCCCCCCGCGGCCCCCUGCACCAGGAACGGGUGA